AUGAAGGAACGACCUUCCCCCCCGAUUCUAGUCAGAAGAGCGUUGUAUGGGGGACGGGGAAAAGGAGACUUCAUAAAACGACAAAAGCAAUUUUUCGAUCGGGUUGAAAAACACAAUUCUAGAGAUCGUGAUAUUGAAUCUACAGAAGAAAUAUGUGCGUCACGUUUUCACACCAAGCUUCAUGGUCAAGUAAAUAAUCAGAUCGGAAAUCGGAUUCAGUAUGUCUGUCUCAUCUGUAAAGAAAAGUGGUUAGAGCGAUCACGAACAGCAGAGCAAGUUAACGAAGAAGCACUCCAAGAAGGGCUUGAAGCUGCGCGCAUCCUAGUGCAGAUGGCGAGAGAAGGCCUCAUUUCUAUCCCCGAUCUUCCGAAGUGGCCAGAACAAGAAUCCAUAGAUGAUUCGUCUGGAACAUAUUCACCGUACGAGGAAAAUGAUCUUCCCAAUGCUAAAAAAAUGGUUGCAAAUGCAUAUUCUAAUGAUUAUGAUAUCAAUCGUCAGUAUCAGAAGUAUAAGUUCGAUGAAGAAGAAUUAGAAGAAAGAAAGAACAGGAUUAUAGGCACGGAUUCAGCUCUUCCACUUGACGUCUUUAGUCUGAUCCUUGACAAAGCAAUAGACACGGAACCCAAGUGCGCUUUAGAUCUCUUAGUACCUGAUUGGAAUGCUUGUAAGCGAGAACAUCCCACCGUAGAGAGAUCGCUGCACUUAACAAGAGUCGUCACCUACACGAAAGGAGUUGGCUACGAGUCCAGCAGCUUCACCGCAAAUUUCGACCAUGGAGAUGAGCAUAUCCUACUUCCCAUGAAAGCCCUCGAUGAUCGUGUACUUACACUCAACAAGUGGUGUUAUGACGAGACUGUAAGACUGUUUUAUCAAAAAGGUACACAGGUCUUUCAACUCGCAAAAGAUACGCUCCCAAAUGAUCUCGCCACCCAAGCUUUCCUAUUCCAUGUCGAAGACACUUACCCCAUCCGCGGAGAAGACAUGCGGAAAUUUCUCCCUUUCGACGACGACUUACCCACGGUUCCAAAUCGAAUAACGCCCCUUGGCGAGUCUUAUAUCUUUAAGCUCUUACGGCAUUUAGUCGUUCAUUCGCCUUUAGCAUUGAUGGAUGUAAGUGCUCGUACCAUGGUUGAUCCCAAGAUAGAAAUCAGUGAAGAAAAUAUUGAGGCUCUUGACAUGGCUAUAGACCUCGACCGCGCUACACCCAUAUGGCUUGCAUGGUCGCAGAUGCCACAGCUCGAAAGUGUGCUUCUGGAUCUGCGCAUCUACAGCCACGAGCUGAAUACUGAACGUGGAUGCAUCGGUAAAGACGAAAUCAUUAGCCGGGCGCGAGAGAUGGGCCGAUGGCUGAAACUGAAACUGCUCGUUAUCGCUGGCUUACAGAGCUACGAUUUUGCGACGAGCUAUGAAUCGUAUACGGCUAAACGUAUUGAGGACGAGGAUGAGAUAAACGGCGAGCCUAAUUGGAUUAGGAUCUUUAUGCCGGCUGUGCAACCUGGAGGUAGGAUAAUUCUUGUUGACCGGUUGGCGGACGACCUGUCGAUUCUAUUCGAGUAA